AUGGACUCGACGACUGCACCUGCUGCCCACACGGCCGAGAACAUUCCCUGUAACUCCAGGAUUAAACCCACCCGGGCGCCGGACACUGAGCCCAGCGUCCGUGAGCGCUGGAACAAUCGAGUUUCUGGAAUCAAGGGCUACCCUACCAGCAAUCCAGUUCUCUUUCCUAAAGGACCUCCACCACCUCCUGGUGCUGAUUUGUUGGCUAUCCUUCAAGGAACUGACUCAGAGGUCUCGGAAGAAGUGCCCCUGGUUGCCUCGGCUAGCACUACGGCGGUUCCCCGAGAGCUCCCUCAGGAGCCUGACUCAGACUUUGACCUGGAUCAACCAGUUGGCGAUGGGGCCUACCAACCUACGUGGAAUGAGCUGGUACUGGCAUGCCUUCCUCCGCCACUCAAAGCUGCACCUACUUCGGUGGCCUUGGCAACAAUGGCAGUUCCCCCAGCAGUGGAGGAGCCUGACUCCUUGCCUGAACAUCCGGAGUCUGAGCCUGGCACCCCGGCUGCCGAUCCAGUUCUGGAUGAUCCGAUGGAGGGCACGUCUGAUGAAGGCUUCAUGCCACUACUUGACUCGGAUGCUGAAUUCAGAGACCUUCUGCCUGUGCCACAGUGUGUGCGCUCCCUGAAAAGAAGUACACGGCUCAUGGUGCUGUCGGUGAUUCGCCUGCACUACCUGUACCACCAACUCCUGCUCUAUGGCUGCCAGGUGUUCUACUUCCAAAAGGUGAAGCUCAAGGACGAACCGCGUUCCAUGUGGAUCGCUAUGCAUAUGUUUCACCACCAGGCUCCAGAUGGAAGUACCACCUACCGAGGUCGUCGGGUGGUGCUCAAAGGCCACAACCACUUGAUCCGUGUGUGGCUGUUCUGCUUCGAGAGGCUCUCUGCACCACAGGACCUUCACUCCAUCGAUAUUGUCUGCGGAUACCAGUUUGCACUGCACCAGGAGGCCGACAACAAUAACCUUCUGCACCGGCACAAGUACUGGGAUCGUUUGGGGGCCCUGCUUCACAACUUGCCCCAGCGUAAUCUUCUUAUACUUGCUGGCGAUAUGAAUUGCACACCAGAGUUUGUUGAGGGCUCCAUGGGACACACCUACGAUGCCUCCGCGAAGUAUCCGGACUCUGGAGAGUUUGCGGCUCUGCUGGAGGCCCAUGGUCUCAUUCUGCUCAAUGGCUGGAUUCGUCGACGCCUGCAGCCCACCUUUGUAGGUGCCAAACACAAGUCGGUGAUUGACUUCGUUAUCACUCGCAGGCAGCACGCGGAUGCAUUGGCCAGGAGGCUCGAGAGGGGGGACCACGGAUGCUUCAACUUCGGCAAAAUCUUCAAACGUUAUCACUGCCUUUCCUCUCAAGCCUUCGUCGCCAGCCCUUGCACCAUCGGCGAAUGCCUGUCUGAGCGGGGCCUGCACUCCGGCAACAACGCCCCUGUGGUGCCUGUGGAGCUCGGCCCUUACACAAAACCAAGCAUCGCUGCCGGGUUCUCUAUCAACUCUGCCUACUACGACACUCCCGACUGCAGGCCCUCUCAACUCCCCGGCUGCUUUCUGAUCGACAUGGACGCCCAGAGUGGAGCCGAAGCCCUGGCGCAAGUUCAGGAUAUGUUUCCUCACCUGGCACCACCGACUACCGCAGGAGAUGCCCCGAUGGAAGGUGUACCUCUGACAGGUCGGAGAGAGAGGGAGGAGGACAAGGCCGAAGCAGCGGAACCCCAGGACAAGUACCGGCGCCCGGCUGGGAAAGGUCAGAACCAUCCUACGGGGAAGAGCCCGCCACGGGAGAGCACCCAAGAGCCUGCAUCGGCCUCAGCUGGCCACACCAAGCAGGGCCGAACCCGCCAGUGGACGGACCAGGAGUGGGCAGACUGGCAAACCCAGAACACCCAGGCUGGGUGGAACAAAAACAAGACCACCAAGGAGCUGCAGAAAGAGCUGGACGCCCUGAAGGAGGAUGUCCGCCUCCUGUCUCGCAUUGCCAUGCGACACGAGGACGAACUGAGUCAACGUCGGACGGAGACCGACUUCAUUCUGACCCUGGAGGUUGCGGACCCCAAGGCUACCCAGGAACAGGAGGGCAUCUUGGAACAGCUCUACAAGAUGACGGUCGUCUGGAAGCAGCAACAGGAGGCGGGCAAGGCCAACAACUCCUUACGGCUUACUUUGUUCAUAGGCCUGCUGCUGUACUACGAGAUCAAGGUCCAGGAGGCAACGGCUUCGGCAGAGUCAGUGGAGAACCUGGCCCAGCAAGGCUUGCUGAUCCAGGUCGAGGGCAACCCGGCUUGGACCUACCGCCAAUGGGACCACCAACAGGAGGCCUUGAUUCAGUCCAGUCAACCUCCCCUUCUCGACACGGUGCUUCGAGGCCACCUCCAGACUCUGAAGACCAGCAUCGGGGCUCCGGCGGUGACGUUCUUCCUGAGCAUCGGCCUUCGCGAUCCCCUGGCCCUGGUAUGCUACCGAAGCUUGCAGGCCCUUUGCUACAAUUCUUCCAACCAGUUGCUCAAAAUGCGCCUCAAGCCCAUCCGCAUGGAACGACAGCCACUGGUUCGCAUCAUCCAGGAGAGGUACCCGGCUCCCCCCACGCGCUCAGAGGAGCAAAGGGCCACGUAUCUGGCGAAGCAGAUGCAAAAGGGGCGGAAGGGCAAAGGAAAGGGUCGAGAGGCCCGGCAGGAUCCGACGAUGCCGGAGCAACAGUUGGAGGACCCUCUGACUGUGGCAGCGGCAGAGUUUCAGGCGAGCCGCGGAGCUUAG